AUCCAGGUCCCGCAUUCUACGUCUGGCCAUGGCGGGCUCAGUGCUGUCUUACCUGGCCGCUCCACCCAUCCUGUAAGCACUCCGCCGCAUUCUUCCGCCGUGACAGUGGGCGCGGGCGUGCCUGUGCGACCAUCCUCCGCGGGCGUGUGUGUGUGUGAGACGGAUUCGCGGGGAGAUCAGUCGCGUCCUGGAGAGUGUCGGGGGAACACGCGCGCGCAACAACCGGUGGCCUCUUGGAAAAGCUGUCGGGGCUAUUUUGCUGAUCCUUUUUUAUUGUGUUUGAAUAUUGGGGAGAGGGAGGGAGUUUGGAGGACCGAGUGGAGUGCUGGGAGUGGAGUGGCGCCGCGGGAGACGAUCUGUCAUUCCCCGGGAGGAUUUCUCAGCGACUGCACCUGCGCUCCGCCCGUCCGAGGCUGCCCUGUGCCAUCCUCGGGAAUCCUUGGUUGCUGGAGGGGCAGCGUCCUUCGCCUCCCUCGAGUUCUCGCCGAGGAACCGCGAGGGAGUGUCCGCAGGAAGGAAGGAGGCCGAGGGAGUGGGAAAUAGUGUGCCAUAACUCCGUGCGCCUUGUGCCCCGCGCCCGUGCCCCGAGGCCAGUCUAGCCUUACAUACACAGGUUCUUUAUGCCUCGCCUGUGAUCCCGGGCAGGUACGUGGGCACCGGGCAUCUUUCUUCUCUCGUCUUGAGACUUUUAAGAAAAGGGUCCUGUGAGUUGUUUUCCAAGUGACGAGGAUCCUGAGAGAUAGAUAGCAUGGGCGGGCGCGGGCGGUGUUGACGAUGGUGGCGAUAACGUGAGACUCAAAGAGGAAGAAAGUGAGAGAGAGAGAGAUAUAAGAGGGGAAAAAAAAGAAGAAGAAGAGUGAGAGAACGGAGACCGCAGAAAGGCCAGGGAGACCGACAACCCUCCCCCCCUCCCCCCAACCCUACCCCUACACACCCACACAACACCGAUCUCCCUCAACAUGGGCGGAAGUGUGGGCAAGGGCGGGUCAGGCAAGAGCGGCUCCUCCCUCCUGGAUGCCCUUCCUUCCCUCAACGCGCCCUUACACGUCGUCAUGCUCGGCCUCGACUCGGCGGGCAAGACCACGGCGCUCUAUCGACUCAAGUUCGACCAGUACCUCAACACCGUGCCCACCAUCGGGUUCAACUGCGAGCGAAUCAAAGGAACCUCAGGGAAAUGCAAAGGCACAAGCUUCCUCGUGUGGGACGUGGGCGGCCAGGAGAAGCUAAGGCCCCUUUGGCGAUCGUACACCCGCUGCACGGACGGGAUCGUGUUCGUGGUGGACUCUACGGACGCCGAGCGCAUGGACGAGGCCAAGAUGGAGCUCAUGAGGACCGUGAGAGCGCCGGAGAAUCAUCACGUCCCUAUCCUCGUCUUGGCCAACAAGCAGGAUCUUCCGGGAGCCAAAGACGCGGCGCAGGUCGAGAAGGUCCUGGGGCUGAAAGACCUCGGUCCGGCGCAACUCUACCACGUCCAGCCUUCUUGUGCAAUAAUAGGGGACGGACUCGAGGACGGUUUGGAGUCCCUGUACGAUAUGAUUUGCAAGAAGAAGAAGAUUAACAAAAACAAUCACAAAAAUAGCAAGAAAAGGUGAUAGCGGUCGUGUUACGGACGCCUUGUGAUACUCAGAGCGUGUGCGUGUGUGUGUGUUUGUGUGAGAGAGAGAGAGAGUGUGUGUGUGUGUUAUAUUAGCGGUAGGGAACAAUUUUUGUAAUUAAAAAAAUAUUGAAAAAAAAUAAAUAAAUUAUAUGAAAGAAGUUACGUGUGUGUUAUUUCA